AACGAUUGUAUCGUGUGUUGUGCAUUUCACAAUUUUGGCGCAAUUAGCAUUUUAGUGCGGAUUGCAAUAAAUAACUUACAAUAAAUUAAUAAUCUAACGGUUACUCCUUAAACAGAAUGAACGAUUCCUUCGGUGAUUUUAAUGCCACCCAAACGGCGACAGCGGGAGCCACCAAAGAUGCAUCCGGAGAGGGAAUCAUUUCGUUGCUGGUGAAACAAAUUCUGGAAUCGCCUGAGGGCAAUUUUAAGAUGUUCGAUGUUACUUACGCCCUGGUCUGUGCUGUGGGUAUUGUGCGCAACAUUGAGACGUCCUCGACGAAGAUAACGUAUUCUCUGGAGGAUCACAGUGGACGUAUUGAUGCCCACUACUGGCUGGAAGAGGGCGACGCUAUUAACGCCCCCGAUGUCAUGAUCAAUAACUAUGUGAAAAUCUAUGGAUCUGUGCGCUCGCAGGCGGGUCAAAGAGUUCUCAUGGUCUUCAAGCUGCUGAAUGUCUUGGAUCCCAACGAGGUGUGCACCCACAUGCUAGAGGCCAUGCACUCCAGGUACAAGGCCGAGGAGUACCAUGUCAAGGGCGACUCCACUUCGACCAACGCCGCUGGCAUGUCGUCCAACGUCACCUCCAGCCAAGGCAACGCCAUGGUCGCUGGUCUGGACAGCAAACAGCUGGCUGUGUUCCAGGCAAUUAAAUCCAAACAGUCUGAGGAGGGCAUCCACCGCAGCGAGCUCAAGUCCAAGUUCUCGCAUAUAAGCGCUUCCGAAAUGAACAACAUUUUGGACUUUAUGAUAUCGGAGGGUCAUAUCUACUCGAGCAUUGAUGCAGACCAUUUUAUAUGCACUUUGUAAUACCUACGAAUACUCUGUACUCUAUUCAAGUAUCGAAGGAGUUCCAUAGAAAUACUAAAAUCUAUUUAGUCAUUAAAACUGUUUAAAAUAUAUGUGAUUCCGCUAAAAAGGUGAAUUGUAACAUCUGUAAGAAUUUCGGAACAUCCCAAUAUUUGAUGUAUGUAAUUAAGCUUCAGCUGAAAAUAAGUUAAUGUUAUAAGAAAAUAAACAUGUAAACUUAA